CAGUACUGAUUUUUAACCGAGCACUGUCACGACCAUAUCAGACAGCGAGAAAAGCGGGAUUGUACUGCGUUUAAGUGGUUUUUACGUGAGGAUACGGACAAGCUGCUUCUAGUUUUUGAGCGUUUGGGCAGAGAUGUAACAGUUUCCUGGCACUAGCGUUGUGUUUUUGUUCCUUUUGUUGUCAUUUGUUGUGGGGACCUCCCUAAAGCUUCAACUCAGGAAUUCUGACAUUCCCUGUAUUGGCUGCUACACUGUUUUCCUUUUGCCGCAUGUGCAGAAAAUGGCAACUGCUCUCAGUGGACGCCCACCUAACAAUAGGAAAGGCCGUAUUUUAGGCAUCAUUGAUGCCAUCCAGGACGCUGUCGGACCCCCCAAACAGGCGGCUGCGGACCGCCGGACCGUAGAGAAGACAUGGAAACUCAUGGACAAAGUAGUGAGGUUAUGUCAGAACCCCAGACUACAGCUGAAGAACAGUCCUCCGUACAUCCUGGAUAUUUUACCUGACACUUACCAGCACCUGAGGCUGAUUCUGUGCAAAUACGAGGAGCACCAGAGACUAACUCAGCUAAGUGAGAAUGACUAUUUCAAAGUGUACAUCGACAGCCUGAUGAAGAAAUCCAAAAGAGCAAUUCGCCUCUUUAAGGAAGCCAAGGAGAGAAUGUACGAAGAACAGUCACAGGACAGACGGAACCUUACCAAGCUCUCGCUGAUCUUCAGUCACAUGUUGGCCGAGAUUAAAGCCAUCUUUCCAGGUGGACAGUUCCAAGGAGACACAUUCCGUAUUACCAAGGCAGACGCCGCCGAGUUUUGGAGAAGGUCUUUUGGCGAAAA